UCGGACGGACUAGGAGUCUGGGAGUGUGGAAUUGGUGUAUCAUGGCCGCCUGCAUACAAAUCUGAACACACUGUUUCUCUCCUUCCAUCCCCUUCCCUUGAGUGGUAACGUUAGUGUCUGUGUCGUUUCGAGUUGUCGAAGAUUUCUCGGAAUUAUUUGAUUUCUUUAGGAAUAAAUCAUUCAUGUCCAUGCUCAAAAAUGCAGCCACCACCGAGAAAGGUAAAGGUGACUCAGGAGCUGAAGAACACGCACACUGAGCAGAUGACGAGGCUCCACAUCAAGCAUCAGACAGAAUGUGACUUACUGGAAGACAUGAGGACCUACAGUCAAAAGAAGUCCAUCCUGGAGAGGGACUAUGCACAGGCUCUGCAAAAGCUGGCCAGCCAGUACCUGAAGAGGGAUUGGCCCGGGAUCAAACCGGACGACCAACACACGGACUACAGGAAUGUGUAUGCGGUGUGGAGGGCCUACCUGGAAGGCACGGUCCAGGUGACGCAGUCGCGCAUCAACGUCUUCGAGAACUACAAAAACGACAUCACAGAUCCAGCCAAAACCGUCCGGCUCUACAAGGAGCAGCAGCUAAAAAGGUGCAUCGAGCAGCUGGGCCGCAUCCAGACGGAGCUGCAGGACUCGGUCAAAGACCUGGCCAAGUCCAAGAAGAAGUACUUUGAGCUGGAGCAGAUGGCCCAGGCCGUCCGGGAGAAGGCCGACAUCGAAGCCAAGUCAAAGCUGGGGCUCUUCCAGUCCAGGAUAAGUUUACAGAAAGCCAGCGUGAAGUUAAAAGCCAAGAGGAACGACUGCAACUCCAAGGCCACCCAUGCCAGGAAUGAGUACCUGCUAACGCUCGCCGCGGCUAACGCCCACCAGGACCGCUACUACCAGACCGACCUGGUCGGCUCCAUCAAGGCUCUGGAUGGGAAUGUGUACGACCAUGUGAAGGAUUAUUUGAUCUCCUUCUGCCGAACGGAACUGGAGGCCUUCCAGGCCGUCCACAGCACCUUCCAGUUCCUCCUGGAGAAGUCCAGCCGCGUGAUGCAGGACUUCAAUCAGCAGCUUUUCAUGCAGGAGAGCCCUGUCUUUCACAAAGCACAAGACUUCCAGUUCCAGCCCAGUGACAGUGACGCGAGUCGGCAGCUGGAGUCGGAGACGGGCACCACGGAGGAGCACAGCCUGAACAAGGAGGCCCGCAAGUGGGCCACGCGCGUGGCCAGGGAGCACAAGAACAUCAUCCACUAUAAGAGGUGUGUGGAGGAGUGUGAGACUCUGGGGAUCCCGCCCACCGAGCAAGGCCGCAACGACCUAGAGCUGAGGAUCGAAGAGGCCAAAGAAAACAUCCGCAAGGCUGAGACAAUAAAACUGAAGGCUGAAGCUCGUCUAGACCUAUUACGGCAGGUGGGCGUUUCCGUAGAUACAUGGCUGAAGAGCGCUAUGAACCAGGUGAUGGAGGAGCUGGAGAAUGAGCGCUGGGCUUCGCUGCCCACCCUCACCAACCACGACCCCUCCAUCUCGACUACAGUUGAUCUGGAGCGAGAGGACGGGGAGGACCUGGAAGAGAACAUGGAGGUGUUUGACGACAGCAGCUCCAGCCCGUCGGGAACUCUGAGGAACUACCCCCUCACCUGCAAGGUGCUCUACUCCUACAAGGCGUCCCAGCCGGACGAGCUGACCAUCGAUGAGCAGGAGAUGCUGGAGGUGAUUGAGGACGGAGACAUGGAGGACUGGGUGAAGGCCCGGAAUAAGACGGGCCAUGUGGGCUACGUACCUGAGAAGUACCUGCAGUUCCCCACCUCGAACAGCCUACUGAGCAUGCUCCAGUCCCUGGCCACGCUGGACACGCGCUCACACACGUCCAGCAACUCCACCGAGCCCGAGCUGGCCUCAGGCAGCACCAACGGAGACGCCAGCAUGAGUUUCGUGAAGGCCAUCUACGACUACGAGGCCCAGACGGACGACGAGCUGUCCUUCCCCGAGGGAGCCAUCAUCCGCAUCCUGAACAAGGACAACCAGGAGGACGACGGCUUCUGGGAGGGCGAGUUCAACGGCCGCGUGGGCGUCUUCCCCUCCGUGCUGGUGGAGGACCUCAACAACUCGGAGAACGGAGACUCGCACUGGGGCCACGAGGCACAGCAGGUGUCUCCGUCCCAGAGGGGCCACUCCUCGCUGCCGCCGCUCCCCCUGUACGACCAGCCCCCCGGCGGCGGCCUGUACGCCAGCCCGGACGCCAGCUCGGCCCACCCCCUGCCCCGCUCCCCCUCCGUCAACGGAGAGCACAAGCUCAUGCCCCCCUCGCACAAAGGGCCCGCGCACAAUCAUAGCUACACUUUAAGUCCAGAGAGUCCAGGCUUCGCCCCACAGCCCCUGAGACUAACCCCAGAUGGAGCAGGUCCUGGCAAACUGCGUCCUGUGCGAGCAGCGCCCCCUCCGCCCAAACAGCAGCAGCAGCAGCAGCAGCAGCGGCGCCCGGCGGAGAAGACGGAGGAGGUGGAGAUCACACUGGUGUAGCAGCAGCAGCAGCACCGAAGCAACCAAACUCUCACCUCCUUCCCUCUCGCCCUCCUCCUCCUCCUCCUCCUCCUCCUCCUCCCCUUCCUCCUCCGCCUCCUCACGUGGAGGACGGGUCUUGAAAGGACAGCAGACCAAUGCCCUCAUCGCCCUCGACGCAGACGGAGGGAGGGACAGUGGUCAAACGCCAUGACCCUAAGUGUCCAGACACACUCGCGAAAACGCUCACCUCUGUGUCCCAGACUGUCUGGUGCCUUAAACCACUCUCAUGCCAAAACAUGAAGCUCUCUCGUCUCCUCAUGCCUUCAGCCCAGAGGGAAAGGGGAAACUUUUCGGAACACCAGGAAGUGUUUUCCAAAGUGUUCCAACCCCAACGUAGAGCUAGAUUGAAAAAGAAAAAGAAAACAACCAACCAACCAACCAACCAAACUGAACAGUGACUGAAGAUUCGGAGGAUCUGUUUGCAUGUUUGAUCCCCAGUUUCCCCACAUGAUGUUGAUGGUGUCGUGUAAUAUCUGGAGUUAGCAAGUGGUGUGUGGUCCGAGUGCGUUCAUUUUAGAUCUUGUGAUCAUAGCCGCAAAUGAAUCCUAACUGCUAGCAAAACCACAUUUAUAAUAGCUGUCUAGAUGUUCUAGAAAAAAAAACAAAAAAACAGAAGUAGCAGAAGAACCGUAGAAGCCAUGACCAGAGGAUCUGGAGUUUGUGCUGAGGGUGGGUGGUGCAGCGUCUGCGGAACACCCAGACGUGCCGAAGGGCCGUGCUUUAAUGGACAAAAAAGGACAAAAAAAAAUGUAGCCCGUAACAAAUCCCUCGUUGUUGACGUGUCAACGGAAGCUUUCGAAUCCGUGCACAGAAGGGUUUUUCAUAACCUGCAAAGCAGAGCAGACAAAGGAGAGCAGUUGAUUUAAAAAAAAAAAAACAGCCAAGAUGAGCUAAUUGUUUUCUUUUCGAAAAUGGCUUUCUUGCACAUUUGUAACGAGUGAGCGUUGAGCGUGUAUGGGGAGAUUGGCAGUGUUGAGGCACGAGUUUGAAGGCUCUGGGGCCCGGACAGGAGGAAGCCGAGGGGAGUGCUCAAAGGAAGCCUUGGCCUCGGACAUAUGUAGUCAUAUCAAUAACGUAUUUAAUGUGCAGCAUUAGUACAGUACAUUACUGUCGUCAUAGGAACGUUCCGGAAGUGUGUGCAACAUUGCGUCAUAUAUAGCAUUACUGAGUGGACAUGUGAUGAGUAGUGGCUCAUGACGUCAUCUCGAGGAGAAAGGGAGUUUGUACAGAACGUGCGUUGCGGAGGAGCGGAAGGUCCGCAGGGGAACGAGGGAAUGGAGAGGGCGAGGAACGGAAGAGAGGGCUGACGGAGGCUGGCUCCUUCGUUUGCUCCGCAUCUCUCCGUGCUCCUCCCCCCACUCCUAACCCCCCCCCCUGGUGCCAACCGCGCCGCCAUGUGGCAAUCUCUGAUGUUUGAGUAGUACUUACUUCAUCGAUAUUAUCUCUUUCAGCUCUUCACUAUGAAGUUGGGCAUCUGUGCAUAUUACUAAUAUUUAGUCCUCUAAGUGAAAGGAAGAAAAUAAACGGAUCACAGAGUUGAAUAAUGUGGCAUCUCCUGGGAGGGAGUGAGUGAGUGUGUGUGUGUGAGCGGUCCUAUGGUGCCUCAUCGGUACACUCCCCCUCACCUCACCGCAGACAGAUUAUUCAUUUAUAUACGCAAAUCAAUAUCGGAGCAUUUAGUUGAAAGUGCAUUAUUUUUUAUUCAUUUCUGUCUUCCUCUCUCUCUCUCUCUCUCUCUCUCUCUCUCUCUGUAUCUCUUCCUCUUGUAUUGUGUAAACACUGUUGACGACUAAGUGAGAUGUAUUUGGCUGACUGUUGUGGCAGUAUUUAUAAUGGAUUGUUAACCUCCUGAGACAUUCAGACAGUCUCUUGCAGAGAAGAGGGGGGGGAAAUAAACAGGCAACAUGCACCGCAGCCACGGAGUGUGCAGAAUGUUCCGGAUGGUGAGAAUGACGAGAGCUGAUCUAAAUAAGAUGGUGUCAGGAGUGCCACUCAUUCAUACAAGGGGCAGCCUGGAUUUUUAGUUGUGUGAAGUAGAAAGCUUGUCUCGUGUUUGUUUUGUGUUUGAUGUGAUAUUCCCCCCAAGCCCUUGAGUGAGUGAGGUACUCAGAGAUAUGGAGACAACCCAGCACCUUGUAACAAGUGAAAAUGUCACCUAGGAUUGUUGUCCUGAUUUGCCCCACAAAUCUCAAAACAGGCUUUUAAUUUAUUGACUAAUCAAAAUAUUCUUCCCUGUCUGAAGUGAUAUUUAAUGCUUAACAUAUAAGCAAUUAUUCAAUGUCUUUGCAGCACUUUUUUAAACAAAAAAAAACUUUAUUUUGUGUUUUUAAGUUGUGAUUCUCAGUAUUCUUUUUAUGGCUGCCCCUUGCCAGUGUUUUAGCUUCCCACCAUUUGUUUAUCAUUGUUGAGAUUGUUUGUAUCUCCUCCCAUGAUGGGAUGUGAUCAAAAACCCAGCUAUGUCCAUGUGCUUGCAUUUGACUGCAAUGCAAAGGGAAUCCAUUUCCCCCAAGGGUGAGAUGCUGGAGUGGUGUAUUACUAAAACAAAGGUUCCUCAAAUGAAUUCUAAACUUGUUGAACUGAAAUGGAGAGAAUGUGAAUUAUAAGCAGUCGAGAAAGCAAACAUGAAACAAACUGUGUCUGGAAUAUGGCUGAAUGGAAGGGCGACAGUGUUGAAAUAUAUGCUCUGCUCAUUUCUUAGCGCUCGAACAUGAUCUUUUCUUGUUGAUCUCUUUGAGAUCUUUUGAAUCUUAUCAAACUUGUUUUGAAGUUUAUGGUUUACAGCUGUGUCCGUUGUGUCAAAAAGCUGUUCUCUCACACAAAACAAGCUUUUUCUUAUUUAAUAAAAACAAGGUUGUCAUCUUGAUGUUUCUCUUCGGCCAGUUGCAACUUUUGAACUUUCAAAAACAGUUUAAGAGUCAUCCCCCCUACCAGUGGAUUUUAUUUUUAAGUAUUUCUCUUUUUUCAUUUGAAGAUGUUUUAAGAGCUGCUAAAAAUCUGGUAAUAAUAACAAGCUUUCUCUUUAGACUGUUGCCAUGGUGACAAUAUCAGAAAACACAGGUGCAAAAUUCUACAUAUUAUUAGCUGUAAAAAUUUGUAUUUAUUGUGUACAAAUGUUAAAUAAUAAAAUGAAUCA